GCUAUGUCUGUCCUGACUCUCCAGUACAAUGUUCUCCUGAGAAAGAGUCAGAUGGAUCUGGACAUAGCUCCUCUAAAGGCCAAGCUGUCAUGUCUGGUGGUGAAGUGCCAGCAGAGGAACAGUCUACUGGUGCAGUUGAUGCGAGCCCUGCGUCGGUAUGGCUGCCUGGACUACAAUCUGACCCAGGAGGCUGAGGACCUGCUUAAUGACACAGCACUGCAGGACUACGCCAGCACCUUCACACCCCCAUCCACUGCAGCUCUGCAGGAGAACACCCACCUUCUCCCACCUGCAGCCUCAGAACGAUCGGAGCGCUCACAGACCUCUAUUGCAGCCUCCACAGCACAGGAGCUGAGUAAAGCUGUGUCUGAAGGCAGUAGGAGGGAACCCUUCAGACUGUGUGUGGCCACAGCAGACUACUGCCCCUCUCCGAACAUGCCUCACACUCUACUGCCAAUGCUUCCCCUUUCUGUGGGUGAAUCAGUCCAAGUCACUGGACUCCCAGACAGACGUGGGAUGUACCAUGCCGAGGUGAAAGGGGAGUCUGGCCUGGUCCCUGCCCGUUUCUUAGAGGAGAAUGGGAGACCACUCAUCCUGACUUCCCCCUCGCCAGAGAGAUGUGCCAGUCUGACUAGGAAGCUGACCAGUCCAGGGAAGAUCAUCAACCUUCACCAGCAGUUGCAGAACACUCUUUCCAACAGCUACCAGGUUUUCCCUUCCAAGACCAGCCCCCAGGUUUACUCCAUUCCCCCUCCAGGACAGGGGUACUCCCCAGGAUACCCCAACCACAACCCUGCUGCCCCCAACCGACCCAAGCAUACCCUUGUAGCAACUACCCCUAUUAUUACUACUACUAGUCUCCUAUCUCCCACUGCCCCCACUAAAACUACCAGUGAUGGUGCUACCUCUCCUAAGCAGACCCCAAACAGAGCACAUCCAACUACCAACCCUCCUGUCCACACCACCACCACCACUACUGCCCUUAGCAGUGGUAAAGAACCCCUCUCUAAAACUGGCUCUACUGCUGCUACCUCCAAUGUUACAACCCCUGUUAAUACCCCUCCUACCGCUGUGGCUCAGACUGUUAAUAAAGCACAAACUAUCUGCCCCUAUCUGCCCCUCCAAUCUGCCCCUCCAACUAUUACCGCUGGAACUACAGCCCCCACCAAAAUGGCCCCCUUCACUACUGCUCUUCGCCUUGCUGAGUUGUCACGACUACCUGAUGAGAACCAUUGUAUCAAGAAGCCCCUCUCCAACCUCCAACCUGAACAAGCUAAACCAACCAAACCCAGAGCUAUACCAGAACCUCCAGCUGAGGUGGGCUCUGUUGAGGUCAUCAGGACGGUGGGACAGAGCAGCCUCAUGAUUGGUUGGGAGAGACCGCCACUGGAUGAGCUGGGCUGCAGCAACGGAACCUUUGUGUAUGGAUACAUGAUCUAUGUAGAAGGGGAGUUCCACAAGUCUGUCAUGAGCUCUGCAUGCACGAAGUGUAUUCUGGAGAACCUGGAUCUGUCCGGUCCGGUCCACAUCAGUGUUCAGACCCUGGGCUCCAACGGUCUCUAUGCGGAGAAGGUCCACCUCAUCUACAGGGGAAAACACACCCAGUUUAGGACAGACCACACCCGUCUCAACACAGCUUCUGCUGCUCCCUGCACAGACCCUGCCUACCUAGACUGCAGGACUCCGCCCACACACCGACACAGUGGCUCCACCCAACCAUUUGUGGCAAUCUACAAGUACAACCCUCUGAAGGACAGUCCUAACCUCCACCCCAGCAGAGAGCUGGCCCUGAGAGAGGGAGACACCGUCAUGCUCCUAGGCAACCCACGCAACGACGGCUUCUGUCAGGCCGAG